UUUCCGGGGAUCACUUGUUCGGCAGUAGAAGGAGAGGUCGGAGAGGAACAAACAGGCGGAGGUUGAUGCGUUGGUUAGCUCUGGAGGGAGCAUCCGUGACACAUAUGCUCUUCUUUGGAAGCAGCAAAUGGAGAGGAGGAGACAGUUGGCUCAACUAGGCUCUGCCACUGGUGUCUACAAAACCUUGGUCAAGUACUUGGUAGGGGUUCCGCAGGUGUUGUUGGAUUUUAUUCGACAAAUAAAUGAUGACGAUGGGCCAAUGGAAGAACAGCGAGAACGUUAUGGACCCCCUCUAUAUAGUCUCACUAAAAUGGUGAUGGCAAUUCGGGUUUUCCUAUCACUUCUGUGGGAUAGAUAUGAUACCUUCAAACUGAGUAGAGACCAAAUGAAUCUCCUGUCUGAAGCUGCUAUUGUCUACACAUCUGAGUUUGAAAGAUUCGUCACAUUUAUCAGCGAUGUAUUUGCCAAUUCCCCCUUCUUCAUUUCAGCAGAUACAGCUGGCAUAUUGGGCUCAAGGGACAACGAGGAGUACAAGGAGAUAAUUGUCCAAGCAGGGAGAACCUAUGAGCUCUCAUUGAUGGUGGAAUCCGAAAAUUCAUAUAUUGCUUGGGAUUUCUCCUUGAUGCAAGGGAAGAUAAGCAUGGAUAUUGGAUUUAGCGUGGAGUACAUAAGUGCUUCAGGGGAAAAGACGCUGAUGUUACCUUACCGUCGGUAUGAAGCUGACCAGGGCAACUUCUCUACCCUAAUGGCUGGAAACUACAAGCUUAUAUGGGAUAAUUCAUAUUCAACUUUCUUCAAAAAGACUCUUCGAUAUAAAGUGGAUUGCAUACCACCAGUAGUGGAGCCCGAGCCUUUAAACUGAAAGUGGAAGAUGAUGGUGGAUUUUACUGUCAUGUCUCA